AUGGUCGAGUCAAACGAGCACAGCGAGAAUCAGCAGCCAAACAGAGACAGUGAAGGCCUCAUUCCUGUCGAAACACCUUCACACUCAGGCACGGGGCCCGUGAGCCCGCUCGACUCUGGAAACAUCCAUACAGCUCCAUCCGUCGGCGCGGGUACCCUCAUAUCAGACGCGUCGGAGAAGCCUCCAUUGCACGGCGACUACGAUGCGCCCACCCCCGUCUGCCCCGGAGAACCGGCCAAAUCAUACCAGGGACAGCCUCCCCCCGAUCAUACGAAUGGCGCAUUCACAGGCCAGUAUCCGAUGAACUCGGCAUCUGAUGUCAAGACAUACCCCGGUCAACCAAGUCCGCAUCCUCAGCAACCGGGCGUGUACUAUACACCCUAUGGGCACCCGAGCGGAUAUGCCACGGCCACACCCUUACACGCGCUUCUAUCAGCACCCAGUCCAGUGGAUUGCCCCUGUUGUGGCAAGCGGGAAAUGACAAGAACUGAGGCGGUCAGUGGAGGGACGACACAUGCUUGGGCUGCCAUCCUUUGCUGCUGUUGCUGUCUUGGAUGCAUUCCUUACUUGAUGUCUUCGCUCAAGGAUGUCGACCACUAUUGUGGCGCGUGUGGUGCCAAAAUUGCGAUUUGGCACAACAGCGGGCGUAUUGAGGUUCUGCAGAAUGGACAAAGGCCCUGA